AUGGCCCCGUUUAUAUGCGAACUCACCGAACCGGUACUGCGCAUGGUUCGGUUUUUUUAUGCUUCGCAAUCCUUGUCACGUACACGUAGUAAUUUGUUAGAUCUUGUGUCUGGAACUGCAGCCAUUGCCAUCAUGUUUCUUCCAUUUGUUCUUCCACCAACUUGA